CUGAGCGGCCGUUUGCAGGAGGCGGCGAAAGGGAGGGCCCGGGCCGGCGCUCUUCCUCCCCGCCUCCUGGCAGCGAGGCCGAUGCGUAAGGGAGGAGCGAUGGCCGUCGCCGCCGCCGCCGCUUCGGCCGCAGCUGUUGAAGGGAUCGCCUCGCGCUUGGCCCGGCAAGAGCAAGAGAUCCGCUGCUUGGCGGCCGAGAUCGGGCGCCUGAAGGAACCCGAGCGCUGGCCCGCUGGCCCCGACCUCCCGCUCCCGGCCCUGCUCGACGCCAGCCCGGAGCUGCAGGCGCUGCGGGCCGAGAACGAGAAGCUCCGCUACCGCCUCCUGCACCUCCAACGCAGCCUCAGCGCCGAGCUCGCCCGCGCCGGGACUCCCCACCACCGCCGCCGCCCCCUCCAGGAGCCCGAGCAGCCCCGAGGCCCGAAGGAGCCUCCCAAUGCAAACGAUGCUACUCACCAGAGUAAACAUAAAAGGGAGAAGAAGAAAGAAAAUCUAGCGGUGGAUGGGUGUAGGAGUGAGCAACAGCAGGAACCAAGCUUCAUCAAAGACAGGGUGAAGGUAUAUGAAGUGCUGAAGAAAGAGUAUGAUGCUCUCCUUGAUUCCAGAGCAUCCAGCCAAAGCAGGCCUAUCGAAAUCACAUUUGCUGAUGGGAGGAAGAUAGAAGGGGAAUCCUGGAAAACAAGUCCACAUCAGAUAGCUCUAGGAAUCAGCCGAGGACUUGCUGAUAAUGCCAUCAUAGCCAAAGUGAAUGGGGAAUUAUGGGAUUUAGAUCGGCCGAUGGAAGGAGACUCUACCUUGGAGCUUCUCACAUUUGAAAGUGAAGAAGCUCAAGCUGUUUAUUGGCAUUCUAGUGCUCACAUUCUUGGAGAAGCAAUGGAAAGUUAUUAUGGUGGAUGCUUGUGCUAUGGACCCCCCAUUGAAAAUGGUUUUUAUUAUGACAUGUACAUUGAAAACAGAGGUGUAUCUAGUACAGAAUUCUCAACACUGGAGAACAUAUGUGAAAACAUCAUAAAAGAGAAGCAGCCCUUUGAAAGGCUAGAAAUCCGCAAAGAAAUCCUGCUGGAUAUGUUUAAGUAUAACAAAUUUAAAUGUCGAAUUCUGAAUGAGAAAGUUGACACACCAACAACUACAGUGUACAGGUGUGGUCCACUCAUUGACUUAUGCAGAGGCCCCCAUGUGAGGCAUACUGGAAAAAUUAAGGCCUUAAAGAUUUUUAAGAAUUCUUCCACUUAUUGGGAAGGAAAGGCCAGCAUGGAAACGCUGCAGAGAAUUUAUGGAAUAUCUUUUCCGGAAAACAAGAUGAUGAAAGAGUGGGAGAAGUUCCAGGAGGAAGCAGAAAAUCGAGAUCACAGGAGAAUUGGCAAGGAACAAGAACUCUUCUUCUUCCAUGAUCUGAGUCCAGGAAGUUGUUUUUUUCUGCCCAGAGGGGCCUUUCUUUAUAAUACGCUCUUGGAGUUUAUCAAAGAAGAAUAUCACCGGCGUAACUUCACAGAGGUUGUGUCUCCUAAUAUCUACAACAGUAAACUGUGGGAAACUUCUGGUCACUGGCAGCACUACAGCGAAAACAUGUUCUCUUUUGAGGCUGAGAAGGAAGUGUUUGCCCUUAAGCCGAUGAACUGCCCUGGACACUGCUUGAUGUUUGCCCACCGUCCCCGGUCCUGGAGGGAGAUGCCUUUGAGACUUGCUGACUUUGGAGUUCUUCACCGCAAUGAGCUUUCAGGGACCCUAAGUGGUUUGACUCGAGUUCGGCGCUUCCAACAGGAUGAUGCCCAUAUCUUUUGCACCAUGGAGCAGAUCGAAAAAGAGAUGAAAGGCUGUUUGAACUUCUUGCAGUCUGUAUAUGCUGUCUUUGGUUUUACCUUCCAACUACAUCUUUCCACCAGACCCGACAACUUUCUAGGGGAAAAGGAGAUCUGGGACCAGGCAGAGAGGCAACUCCAAAACAGUCUAGAUGACUUUGGGGAGCCCUGGAAGCUAAAUCCAGGAGAUGGAGCAUUUUAUGGUCCCAAGAUUGAUAUUAAAAUCAGAGAUGCUAUUGGUCGAUACCAUCAGUGUGCUACAAUUCAGCUUGAUUUCCAGCUACCUAUCAGAUUUAAUCUUACUUAUGUGGGGCCCCCAAACGAGCAAGGAAGAUCAGGAGGACAGAGGGAUCAGAGGAAGAUGCAAAUGGAUCUGGGGGUACAAAGAAAUGUGUUUACAUGUUUAAGGCAUUGGUGUGGCGUGGGACUAAGACUAGAGCUAUGGAAAGAUGGAGAUGACAAGAAAAAACCAGUGAUCAUCCAUAGAGCUAUUUUGGGCUCGGUGGAGCGAAUGAUUGCCAUUCUGGCAGAAAACUAUAGUGGAAAAUGGCCCUUUUGGCUCUCUCCUCGGCAGGUCAUGGUGGUUCCUGUUGGCCAUACCUGUGAAGAAUAUGCUCAACAGGUUUGCAGUGACUUUUUUACAGCUGGAUUCAUGGCUGAUGUUGAUCUAGAUCAGAGCUGCACAUUGAACAAGAAGAUAAGAAACGCACAACUGGCUCAGUAUAAUUUUAUUUUUGUGGUUGGAGAAAAGGAGAAAGCCAAUAAUGCUGUGAAUGUGCGAAGGAGAGACAACAAGGUCCAUGGAGAAGUUUUGGUCACUUCUGCCAUUGAAAAACUAAAGAAGUUAAAAGCAUCACAUACUUUACAUGCAGAAGAAGAAUUCUAGUCCUUGCUGAUGAAGAGUGUAUUAAAAGAGGAAUAUCAGUUCUAUCCUACACGUGUUCACCUGCAAAUUAGUACUGCUGAGCUUGUUGGGCCUUACUUCCUGGCACCUACACUUUGGAUUGCAGCCUUCCAUUAGGGCAGUAGCCUGAUGCUCACAUUACUUCAUGACAUUCAGGAGACUAAAUGUGUAGCUGAUGCAGGUUCUUUUGAAAAUUUCCAGAUGGGUACCUGUGUUAGUCUGUUGCAGCAAAGACAAUAUAGUCUUGUGAUACCUAAAGACUUAGGGUGGUAUUCAGUGUUAGGCCUGCUGAUAGUACAGGGAUGGAGAACCAAGGUGUUGCUGAACUACAACUCUCAUCUGCCCCAGUAAGCAUAGCCAAUGACCAGGGAUGAUGAGAGCUGUAGUUCAGCAACAUCUGGAGCAAAAGGUUCCCCACGCCUGUCAAAGUAAGUCCAUUGAAAUUAAUGGACAUGACUAAUUAGGCCCAUUCAUUUCAGUAGGUCUACUCUGAGUAUAACUUAGUUGGAUAUAACCCUAGCAAUUUUAUUAUGGCAUAACUUUAACACCUGUAACUCAGGAUAAUACUGCAUGCACCUGAAGCAGACUGUAGUCCAUGACUUAAGCCAUAAUAAAUUUGUUAGCCUUUGAAGUUCCUGUGCGAUACUGUGAAAAAGUAGAAACACUGUUAGAUCCCAUGGCAAUUGCAUGCAUCUUAUUUUUAAAAAAGUCACAUUAAAUUACAUUAAAAAGGCACUUGUGUAAUUAAAAAAAUCUUUUUCAUAUAGAACGUAAGACCAUAGGAAGUUAGUACAGAAGCUCUAUUGCAGCUACUGAUUGCUGAGGAGAGCAAAAUAACCUCAAAAUGCAGAAUGUGUAUGCAUGUUUGCAAAGUAUUUUGAGCCAUCUUAUUUGUAGGCAACCUGUUCCUACUGAAUCCUCUCAGCGGUAUGUCAGGAUAUGCCUUUAUGUUUAAAUGUCUUGGCACCAAGGUCAAAAAUGACUGAAGUGUAGAAAGUGACUAGCUCCUUCAUUAGUAUCAAACUCUACAUUGCCCCGAGUACUGGCUUACAUGAAUGGUUGUGUUACAGUUCUGUGCAGCACAGUAAGGAAAUACCCAUAUUUAGUGUUGCCACUUUGGGGGCAUGAUCCAUAAAGAAAUUGUCCUGCAUGAGCCUCACUGAAAACAUUCAUUUGAGUGGAGUGUGCAUGGAAGAACAUCCUGGUGGAUUGUGUCUUAUGUUCUUAUUUUAAAAAAACUGACAAAUUACUUAGAGUUGUUCUCCCACUUUAGAGUCACCAAUAAGUCCACAUACAAGCUUCAAGUUAGAAGCUUUUAAGUUAUGGUGCAAUGUAAUUUGUCUAUUUUUCCCUCUUUUUUUGUUGAAUAAAAUUUCAG